GGAAGCUGUCGAGUACUCCUACAGUUACUAAUACUGAGUGCCCGCCUUUCAACUGAAGGUCAGCAGCAUUGAUCACAUCUCCAUAUAGACGCCUCUCUCUCAAAACUCGAUUCACUUUCUCUGGCCAGACCACUUCCUCACGUCUAAGCGCCCAACAGCUCAAACCUCCAGCUAUCCAGCUCACAGAUCUCACUGAUAAGUGGACUGAGGCGCAGCAAGACACUAAGCGACCGUACCGCAGUUGCACCCUUGGCAAGCUUGUGCACUUCGGCAUUGCCCAGCUGAUCCCCUUUCUGCCCCGCCGACCAUCAAUCGAGCACCGGCCAUACUACCACCUUUCACAAUCAACAGCCUUUGUCAGGACCUUCUCCAGCUCGUCCCCAGAGGACUCCCUUCCCAAUUCUUCCACUUGUCCCUUUUCUCAGCUCACAAAUACGUCUGAACUACCCAGCACUCCUCCUCCCACUGAAAAGCACUUUCGAACCAAUGCCUUAAGACAGCGGAUUCCUCUCUCUCCGUUCCACUCAUAGCUUCCCAGCUUAGACAACCAAAGAGUCUCCUACAAACUGGAAAGCAGACCAGCAUUGCAAGAGACCAGCUCACGUGCUACGGACUGCAAUGGACUCCAACUUACCAAGGAGCGCGUUCGUGUGGAUCGCGGCACUUUCGCUGCUGGCGGGGCCGGCGGCAGCAACGUAUUUUGGGAAUGGCCCGCAGGCAACUCACUACGGCGACCUUGUGACUGGAGUGGGCCCAUUGGGUGCCUGUGAGUGGGGGGAUCCCUUGAACAAUCCCUUCUUCGGGUUCAACACCUUCGCUGGCAACCCCACGUUGAGGAACCAAGGGGGAGUGCUCAACGCCGGCUGUGGGCUCUGCUUCGACAUCACGUGUGACGUCACCCGUGACACGGACGGGGACUGCCAGCCAGGUGUCACCCUCCGGGUGUAUCUCGACAACGAGUGCCCCGCAGCCGAGUGCGCGCCCGACCACUUCGACCUCUCCUUUCCGGCCUGGAACCAGCUCUCCACGCACCCCGCCGCCGGAAUCCUCCCCAUCACAAUAACCCCAUUUGAGUCCGUUUUUAGAGAGCGGUCACUGGCCUUCAUCGAUCCAAAAGCACUCUUGCGGGCAAGUCAAUCGGGACGGCUCUCCCGUCUCGACGCCUCCCCCGACGACAGAACCCCCCCUGCCUACGACCCCCCCUCCUACGACUGA